UUACACCUGCACACGAGCACCUGGAAAAUGGGAACACCUGGAACUUCCCCUCUCUGUUGGAAAAUGGGAGAUAAGCUUACCGUCCUAGAAAACAGGACUUGGUUCAACAUAGAAUUCAAGAUGUGGGUGGAUGGCUCUAGGCCUGAUAGGUUCAAGAAAAUUGUUAGGAUCGAACCAGGCAAGUCUAUAAGAGUAAAGGCCUCAACUUUCAACAGUGAUGAUCAGGGCAGUCUUGAACAUGCCAUCCUGCUGGUUUAUGCAAAUGGAAGUUGGACAGGAAAAUACAUUCUUCCUCAGGACUUGUUCGCUUGGGCGGCAGUCUUCUGCGACAGUAACCGACACGGUCAAGUUAUUCUUCGAGCCAGAAGAGCAAACUUCAACCUCUUCAGACUCAAGUACUUCUUCUAUGUUUCGCGUUCCUUCCUGCAAAAUACGGGGGACUAGGCAUGGCUGAAGAGGAGAUUUAGGUAUGGUAUCACUAAUUAUGCCAAUCUUUCUUAAUUUCUGAUGCUCUCUGGUUUGAGCUUUUCUACUUAUGGAAAAAAUAAUAA